CUAGCAAGAACCAUUCUGCUGUAACCAUCAUGGACGACUUGUUCAGUGUUUUUGACGAUGCGCCGAAAUCCAAGUUUUUAACUUCGACUACUGUGAAAAAGGAGGACGUAAAGAAUGAAGAACCGACGCCUGAUGACAAUAGCGCCGGCGACUUUGUGCAAUCGAUUAUUGAUGGCAAACGAUCUCUGGAUGGCAAUUACGAAGAGGAACCAAGCAAGAAAAGGAAGACAUCGGACAUUUGGGACGACUUUGACCCCGCUGAAUACCUGCCGCACGUUCAUGUUCAUUCUGUAGAGGAGGUGGAAGGGUGCGUGCACGAGGUGGCAAUGCCAGAGGGGAUGGAAUACGUGCCCCUGAAACGGAACAGAGAGGGCCCUGCUGCACGAGAGUAUAGAUUUAUCCUGGACCCGUUUCAGAAGGAAGCCAUCCUCUGUCUUGAGCACAACCAAAGUGUCCUUGUGUCCGCCCACACCUCGGCUGGCAAAACAGUUGUGGCUGAGUAUGCAAUAUCACUGGCAUUUCAAGAGAAGCAGCGUGUUAUCUAUACGACGCCUAUUAAAGCACUUAGCAACCAAAAGUUCCGGGAGUUCACAGAUGAUUUCAAAGAUGUAGGUUUAAUGACUGGUGAUGUGACCAUCAACCCAAGCGCCAGCUGCCUCAUAAUGACAACGGAGAUCUUGAGAAGCAUGCUGUACAGGGGGUCGGAGAUCAUGCGAGAGGUCGGCUGGGUCAUCUUUGAUGAGAUUCACUACAUGAGAGACAAAGAAAGAGGUGUUGUCUGGGAGGAGACCAUCAUCUUGCUUCCAGACAAUGUGCGGUAUGUUUUUCUGUCCGCCACCAUACCUAAUGCGAAGCAGUUUGCCGAGUGGAUAUGUCAUUUGCAUAAACAGCCAUGCCAUGUAGUGUACACUGAAUAUCGCCCAGUGCCCCUGCAACACUACAUUUUCCCAGCUGGUGGUAGUGGUCUCUACCUGGUCGUCGAUGAAAGUGGGAACUUCAAGGAGGACAAAUUCAACGAAGCAAUGGCUUUGCUUCAGAAUGCGGGCGACGCUGCCAAGGGGGACUCGGCUCUUAAAGGGCGCAAGGGAGGAUUCAAAGGCGAGUCUAACUGCUACAAGAUUGUGAAGAUGAUCAUGGAACGCGACUACGCGCCUGUUAUUGUCUUUAGUUUCAGCAAGAAGGAAUGUGAGGCAUAUGCCACCCAGAUCGCCAAACUGGACUUGACCACUUUAAAAGAGAAGAAACUUGUGAUGGAGGUCUUCCAGAAUGCCAUGGACUCACUUUCGGAAGAAGACCAGAAGCUGCCUCAGGUUGAGCAGGUUCUUCCACUGCUGAAGCGAGGCAUUGCGGUGCAUCAUUCCGGCCUGCUGCCCAUCUUGAAGGAGACCAUCGAGAUUCUCUUUGCAGAGGGGCUUGUCAAGGCACUGUUUGCGACAGAGACAUUUGCUAUGGGACUCAACAUGCCUGCCCGUACAGUACUGUUCACAAAUGCAAGAAAGUUUGACGGCAAGGACUUCAGAUGGGUCACCUCUGGAGAGUACAUCCAGAUGAGUGGUCGUGCUGGGCGACGUGGUCUGGACGAUCGUGGCAUCGUCAUUCUCAUGAUAGAUGAGAAAAUGAGUCCAGCGGCUGGCAAGGACAUUGUCAAGGGCUUGCCCGACCCCAUCAACAGUGCUUUCCACCUGACCUACAACAUGGUGCUCAACUUGAUGAGAGUGGAAGAAGUGAACCCGGAGUACAUCCUGGAGCGGUCCUUCUUCCAGUUUCAGAACAAUGCAUCCAUCCCAGUUUACUACCAGAAGCUGCAGAAGCUGCAAGCGGAGCUGGAGUCGUACAAGAUUCCGAAUGAGACGGAGGUGGCCGCGUACUACAAGGUGCGGCAGCAGCUGGCCUCCCUCUCACGCGAGCUGCAAGCCUUCCUCACCAAGCCCCAGUACUGUGUCCCGUACCUGCAGCCUGGGCGCAUGGUCCAGAUAAACAAUGGCACUGAUGACUUUGGCUGGGGUGUGGUCAUCGCCUACUCAAAGAAGAAAGUUGUUGUCGCAAGAGGACAAUCUGGCCUCAAGGACCCUGUGGUGAUUGUGGAUGUUCUUCUCAACGUAUCCAAGGAAAGUGCCCAGACGAAACUCACGUCAAAGUUGACGCCUCCCAAACCGGGAGAGAAAGGGGAAAUGCAGGUGGUUCCCCUGACUCUUGACAACAUCACCAGGAUGAGCACUAUUCGCCUGUUCUACAACCAGGACCUCAAGUCUUCCGACAACAGGGCCGCAGUGCUCAAGUCUAUCAAGGAAGUUGAAGAGAGAUUUCCAAAAGGCAUCCCGCUUGUUGACCCUUUUGAGGACCUCAACAUUAAGGACAUCAACAUGAGAGAAGUUGUCAAGAAAAUCGAGGCCUUCGAGAACCGGAUGUACGCGCAUCCACUGCAUUCGAAUCCUGACCUUCCGAAGAUCUAUUCAGAGUAUGAGAAGAAAAUGAAGGUUGCGCAGGAGAUAAGGGAGGUUAGGAAUGAGCUCAAGAAGGCCAAGGCACUGCUCCAAAUGGAAGAGCUCAAGUGCCGCAAGCGAGUUCUCCGACGGCUUGGUUAUGCCACGGCUGCCGAUGUCAUGGAGAUCAAGGGCAAGGUCGCCUGUGAAGUCAGCAGUGCUGAUGAACUGCUUGUCACGGAGAUGAUCUUCAACAACAUGUUUAACGAGCUCAACGCGCACCAAGCGACAGCCUUGCUGAGCUGCCUCGUCUUCCAGGAGAAGUCAAACGAGAUGCCCAACCUCACCGAAGAGCUGUCUGGCCCUCUGCGACAGAUGCAGGACAUAGCGCGGAGGAUAGCACGGGUGACCAAGGACGCCAAGCUGUGCAUAGAUGAGGACACCUACGUCAACUCGUUCAAGCCACAUUUGAUGGACGUCAUCUACUCCUGGAGCAAGGGAGCCUCCUUUGCACAAGUCUGCGGCAUGACAGACGUGUUUGAAGGGAGCAUAAUUAGGUGUAUGCGGAGGCUGGAGGAAUUGCUACGGCAGAUAAUCCAGGCUGCAAAGUGCAUAGGAAACACAGAACUGGAAAACAAAUUUUCAGAAGCCGUCAAGCUCAUCAAGAGGGACAUUGUGUUUGCAGCCAGCUUGUACCUCUAACGACGACGUCUGCCGGGAAAGUUAACCGAGCAUGAUUUUAAUAACAAGUAAAUCUAUACAAUAAAUCGAAUAGCGGCAUGGACAAGCAGA